UGUCCCGAGGAUCAGAGUCCCCGGAAAUGGAGCAGAAACGAGCUCCAACGCACCCAAUAGGCAUUCCCCAUGCGCUUCCAUUUCAUGCUCCCACCGAAAUCGGGUAUGGUGAAUUUCGACGGUGCACUGCGGCAAUCAGUGAGCAUGGUGGAGAGGGGGCCAACGUGAUGUGGCGCAGCGACGCACCUCAGCAUGACAACUGCACCAACACACCCAACGUCGCCCGCGUCUUGUCCUUGGGAUCCGAGCGCAGUAUGCUUGUCGACGUCCCCGAGGUGCGAAUCACAUACAGCGGAUUCUGCGAUACAUCGUCCUUGACGGUGGAGUCAAGAAAAGAGACGGAGGAGAGCUUGAGAGUGACGCGGGGGGUCUUAUUGUGAGCGACUUCCUCGAAGAUUUCUGUUCUUCGCAGGUACGGGACGACAGAGGAAAACACGGAGACACGCGGUGUUCGAGGUGGGUCCGCGAGACGUGUCGUGGACUUGCGCUCGGAAAACGGCGACGAGGACCGGGACAUGGACGUCAAGGGGAAAGGACAGAAACCAGGAUGUGUACAUCACACAUUCGAUGGCGGGGAGACGGCAUAUGGGACACCGGAGAUAACCAUGCAUGAUGAGACUUGCAUCUGGUUCUUCGAAUCUGAUCAACCUCAUCACAAUGCCCUCCGUUUCAGGCUUAGAGUGCCUUGCUAGUUCCAGAUACAAAGUAUAAAGCGAGGAGAGGCGCUAAAAAGCAGGCGGUGCAGAUAAGUUUGUGGUACCCAUAAUUCGCAGCUGGCAUCAGGACUAGAAAGAGAGUGAGAAUCAUACAUGGUCGUAAUGAGGCUGACAGGUGUAUUCCCAGUGCGAAACCAAUCAG